UGCUUUGUUCUCUAUGUGUUUUGUGUUUAGUCUUCCGGCGUAGAGUGGGAUGUCAUGGCCGGCGAAUUUAUUUGGUGUUUGAAGUAUCGCGUUAUAUUUGUAAUCGGUUUUUUCGGGUGCCCGUAUGUGCCAACUUGAAAUGUUUGUGCAUACUAUGCAGGUCAGAAAUAUUGUGGACAGAAGAAUUGGGCGACUUGUUUAGCGAGUGCACUUUUUCGCUACCACAGAUCGUAAAGUGAAUUUCGGAUAAAGUGCUAAAAGCAGCUAAGCUCUUCAGUCAGUUGAAGUUUCAUUAGUCCCUGGGGCCAAGAUUUGAGGAGUUCAUCAAAUGGUUGUAACUACAAGAUAAUUGCUUUUUCAACUGAAUUGAGGAAAUGUGAAUUGUUGUCAAUGUGGCUGGAGCACUGGCAAUUACUGUUUCUCGAGGUAGAUCUGUUCAAGAAAAAGUUACUCAAGUUAAUUUUGUAAUGGAAGUAACAGAGUGAAUAAUGUGGUAAUCUUUUGACAGUGCACAAUGGCUAACUGCAGUUUCUUAAUAAAUGGUUACAUGAACAUGAACAUUGCUUAAUUCGAAUGUGUGACAAGAUAUUAUUUGGGUACAUGCCUGAAGAAGAAUGUAAUCUGAUGACUGCCAUUACCUGCAUUGAUGAAGCUCAUGCACCUGUCGUCUGCAGAAUGGUGGAAUUUUUUUCACAAAAAUAACUGGUGGUGGAAUAUUGAUGUACCAUGAUCCAAAGGAACUUCUAAGUAAUUCCUAAUAUUGAUACGGAGCAAUGAAGGCAGUCAUACCAAGUAUGAAGCAGAGACAACAUAGUAUGAUGAAAUAAGUGGUUUUUAUUCAGAAAGCUGUAUAAUUUGAAGACUAUCUGUAUUUGCUAAUUGCAUUAAUUACCGAAAGCACAAACUGCUCUGUAGCCCUGCAUUCAUGAUGAUGGCGGAUGAGAGCAACGGUCGCGGCACAGUGUACUUUGAGGUACACGUUGCUAUCAAUUUUGUCACAUCUUUCAUGAACAAGGUUGUCCCACAAGGCCGAGUAAAAAUUUUUGGUGAGGCUCUUGCAAGGGCAUUAAUGAACAAAUAUGAAGGGCAUUGGUUCCCAGAGAGUCCUCUAAAGGGCUCAGCAUAUCGUUGUUUUGAAUUUGGGGCCUAUAUUGAGCCUGAGCUGAAAUUUGCUGCUAGGCAGGCAGGACUACGUUGUCGAGAUGUAUUGAUAUGUGUUCCCUCAGAAAUGUCAAUUUGGGUGGAUCCAGGGACAGUAAGCUACCGUAUAGGUAUUGAGGGCCCUGUGAAACCUGUGCUCAAUGAAUCUGGAUGUGUUGUUACAUGUUUCUUUGAUCCUGAUGUGGAAGAUCCUGAACCUGACCCACCUGGUAACUCAAAAGCUGUAAGCUCUUGUGAGGAAACAGAAACUGUGGAAAAGAGCAGACCACGAAAAUUUACUCCAAAGCGUGGAAAGGCCAAGCUGUCAGUAGCAUAUGAAGAUGACUUAAAAUUUGUUGCUAAGAAUGGCGGUCUUGACUCAGCGACAGACUAUGAUGACCUUGAGCCCCUUGAGCCAUAUUUCACCGCUGAAGACAUGAAGUCUGGGAUUUUAUGUGAAGAUGAAGAACUUACCAGUAAUCAGUUGAAAUCUUCUGAUGAACCUGCUUACGGCAACAGUCGUCGCAGACGUUCUAGGAGGUCAAAAAAAAAAUCACCAAAUAAACCCGGUAACAGUAAUGGGAAUAGAGGCCGAAAUAGUGGUAAGAGGAGACAGAGCAAUGACAGUAAUAAUAAUAGUAAAAUCUGCAGUAAUAAUUAUCAAAACAGCAGUGGUUCGGCCAGUGGCAGUGGUAGCAGCAGUGGUGCAAGCAGCAGUGGUACGAGCAUUGGUGGCAGUACUUCCAGCACCAGCGCUAGCAGCAGUGGCACCAGCACAAGUGGCACCAGCUGCAGCAGCAGCAGCAGCAGCAGCAGUAGCAGUGGCGGUAGCAGCAGUGGCAGUGGCAGCAGUGGCGGUGCCAGCAGCAGCAGUAGCAGCAGCAUCACCAGCAGCAGUAGCAGCAGCAUCACCAGCAGCAGCAGCCUCACCAGCAGUAGCAGCAGCGGCUGUGGUGCCAACAGUGGCAGCAACGUAAAUAGGAGUACUGCCGUGAGCAGUGGAAGAAACAACAGGGGCAGAAACAGCAGGGGCGGAAGCAGUAACAGCAAUGGGUGAUGUUGAUUAAAGGCAGCAACAUAUGAGUGAAGGAUGAUUUUAGAACACUGGAUUUGACCUGUUCACUAUACGUACAUUGUCAGUAUUGCAGCUGUGUGUAUGGGACACCAAACAACCUACAGCAAGUAGUGUCUUGUCCCACACAGCCACCUUUCACAGCUAGAGCAAGUUGCUUUGUGUGUCCUCAAGUCAGUGGAACAAAUAUUAAAAUGAACAUAAUGUGUCCCUUGUGUCCUAUACAUGACAUAAUCACGUAAUGGGAAAUCAAAUGAUGCAUGUGCGGUGUGCAACCUGACACCUUGUAAGUCAGUUGCAGUGGGAGUAUCAUUGUCAGUGCCAUUGACAUGCAUAACUUUGUUUGUAGAAGUACAUCCAGUACACCAUACAGUGCAACUGUGAACAUUGUUUGCUAGUUUACAUGUGAUUAAAAUGAUAUAUACAAAAUUGUGUGUAUUGAGACUGAUACCAUUAAAUGUUUCCCAUAAGUGUUAUGUAGCUAAAUUAUUUUUUCCAGUAACUGAAACUGUGUUGUAUUCAACAGUUCAUUUUAUUUCAUACAUCCAGUUUUUUUUUUAGUUCUGAGGGCAACAGCUUAGUUGGUUCUAAGCAAUUAUAAAUUCUUUUACAUUAAGAAGAGCCCAUUCAUUUUCUUUUGAAUAUACAGCAAAAGUAUUUUUUAAAAAGUAUACUUUGAGCUGUAUAUGUUGUUGUUACAUUUGUGAAUACACGUGUUUAGCUUUGUGGCAAAUGUAUGAUGUUUAUUCGGAACUACUGCUAAUAAAUAUUUAAUGCAUGUAGAUAAAUAUGUUUUCGCAGUUGUUGUGGCUAAACGUACAACAGUUUCAAUGAAUCAGUGGGUCUGUACUCAGAAACUUCUAUGUUAUCAGUUACCAUUCCAUAUCCUCUAAAAUGUUGAAAUUUGUGUCUUUUACUGUAUUGAUGUUCAUUGAUGUGUCUCUUACGUGUAAUUGGUGUUAGUUCCAUACUAUGCUAUGCAGAAUGUUGAUGAUUGUUAACACAAAAGUCAUUGGCAGCACAGAUUCUGUGAGAAUUAACAGUUUAUAGUUAUAACUACCACUAAGAGUUUGACAUAGCUUUUUUUUUUUCAAUGAUCUUGUGCUGUCUGUCUUUUGUUGAAGAACAGAACUUGAUGGCAGACUGUGGAAUUAUUCUGAUUUGCUUGUGAUGGAGUACUGUCUAUUUCUGCUGUUAAAAGGAAGUGAAAUAUACAGACUUUUCUGAAAUGUAA